GCGCGCUCUCAUUACGCACACGGCUGCUCCGGUGUGCUGCAGGUGUGUUGCCCUGGACCCACCCACAAGGCAGAUUCCUGGCAGCCAGAGAGCGGCAGCCUGUCAGUCGGCAGCAGAGCACCGCAGAGGGAGCGUUCACGGCAGUCUCCAGAGUUACAGAGAAACAGAGACCACUUCCCUGCUUCUGUGGACAAACUUCGGCAGCUGAUAGAAGAUAAAGUUCACAUCUUGCAAUCCCCCGUCGCUGAGGACCACCAGGGCUUGGUGUGUGAGGACGACGCUGGAAGAGAAGGACUGUGGAGGAUUGCCGUUUUGAGUGAGGAGCUGACCUUUGACCUCCAGCAGCUGCAGAGACGGACAGAGCAGGAGCUCAGUAACAUACACACACAACUCUUUCAAAUUGAAGGCCGUCGACAGCUGCUGACCACUGAGCUCUUUAACCUUCAGGAGAGGAAGAAACAGAGCGAACAAGAGCUGAAGGGAAGUUUCAGCCUUCAGACGUCCGCUUUUCAGUCGUGCGCUUGUCGGGAGCUUCAGGCCUCCAUCGCCGAGCGUUUGGUCCAGUCAGACGGGCUGGUGUUCCAGGAGGAGGCUCUGUGCGCGCUGCGUAACCUGCUGACCCAGGACCUGCAGAGGUACCAGGAAGAGACCCAGAGACUGACCCGCUUCACGCAGAAAAUACUCCAACAGUCCCGCAGGUCAGACAGAGAGGAAACCUCCACCAACAGAGACAGCAACAUGCAGGGGAAGAACGAGACAGAGCAAAACAACAACAUGGAGUCUGAAUUUGAUCCAAACAAGCAGCUGGACAGCCCGUCAGAGGAGGAGCCCUCCACACCCAAAGCCGUGUCGACCAGCCAGAACCCCAAAUAUCAGCUGUUCCUCAACAACGAGAUGAGGACCAACGGGCUGAGUGGCAGUGCAGAUGGCCCAGGAGGCGGUGGGUCAGCUGCGGAGAACGGCCCCAGGCUGGCCCGAUGGGAGACCAACCGGCUGGGGUUGAACCACUACAAAGGGUCCCUGGAGUCCCUGGCCUCACGGGACUGGGACAGUGUGUCUGACAGGCUGGGUGUUGACAGCCCUCCCAGAGUGUUCAACAGUCCUUACACCACAACUUCCUCCAUGGAUUACAACCCCAUGUACCGAAUGUCAGAGUUCAAGGGUGGACUGUCUCCUGCCACCUCCGAGAUGAACCUGUACAGCUACAACAGUCGCAGCACCAGUCCGGUGGGCAUGCAGACGCCCACCCUCGCCUCCCCCCGCCCCCGAUUCUCCGCCUACGACACACUGUUGAAGAGGAGGGCCGAGGUCACCAACACUGUGGUACCCACCCACUACAGCAUGCGCUCUGCCACUCUGCCCAAUAAAAAAGACUACAUAGAGGAACUGACCAAACAGCUGAACGACUGUCAGAAGCGGAACCAGUUCCUGGAGGCAGAGAGUGUGGAGAUGGAUAAGGAGAGGAACCAGAUCAGGUUUGAGAUGCGCGGACUUCUGGUGAACAAAGAGGACCUGCUGAGGACCAACACUCAGCUGACCAAUGAGCUGAAGAGGAUGAGGGAGCAGAUGGUAGAGAUAGAGAGAGAGAAACAGUCCAUGGGAGAGAGAUUCAGAGAGAUGGAGAUUGAGGUGAAGCAGGCCCGCGACAUGAUGGUGGAGGCCAACACUCAGGAGUACGCCUUCAACUUCCUGCAGCAGUCCCUCAAAAACAAGAUCCAGGACGCUGAGGAGAAUCUGGAGAAGCAGACGCAGCACGCUAAGACUCUUGCUGACAAGUUGUGGCUGGCAGAGAGACAGCUGGAGGAGCUGGAGGUCGACAAAGACACCAAAAACAAGAGGACGUCUGAACUCAACACAACCAUCGUCAGACUGGAGACAGAGCUGAGCGAGGCCGUACAGGUGUCCACGCAGACCGCAGCAGAGAUGAGCCUGCAGCAGAAGCUGCGUGAGGACGCCCAGCUGAGGGUGGAUGAGCUGGAGGAGUCUCUGCUGGAGAAGGACCAGGAGCUGCAGAAACUGGAGGCCCUCGUCAGCAAACUGCAGGGAGAGGUCUCUGGUAAGCUGAUCGAUAAGGAGCGGACACUAGAGGAGGAGAUCCAGCUGAGAGAGAGGAUACAGCUGCAGUGUAAGCAGGCGGAGAGGACGGUGGACGACCUCCACAUGGAGCUGCACAGCACAAACCAGGCCAGAGACGACCUGUCCAAACAACUCAAACAGGCUCAGGAGAAGAUGAUCGACCUGGAGAGCGAUCUGGAGGAGCUGCACGACAGUGAGCAGAGAUGGGCUGCCAAACACAAGAGAGCUAUCGAACAGUUGGAGCAGCUGCAGCUGAAGCUGAUUCAGGAGAAAGAUCUGAAUGACGAGCUGGAGACUGAGAAGGCUGUCAUGGAGAGACAGUUGCGUGAGCUGCAUCUGGAGGUGGAGGACCUUCAGAGCUCCAGAGUUCAGGAGGACGUCAUCUCCAGGGCAGAGGGCCGUGUCAAAGAGCUGGAGAACUCUCUGAGGACCGAGGAGAGGAACAAGGCUGUUCUGACAAACACCAUCAGUAAACUGGAGAGGAGGAUCAAUGAGCUGAGCGAUCAGAUGGAGGAGGAGAACAGGGUAGCCAAUGAACAAAAAGAUCUGAUGACCCAGAGGAUGCGCUCUCUGAAGCGGCAGCUGAACGAGGCGGAGGAAGAGACGAGCAGGAAGGACGCGCAGUACCGCCACACCCAGAGAGAGCUGGCCGAGGAGAGGGAGACGAGCAGCCGGCUGCAGAGACAGCUGCUCGACCAGCACCUGCAGACGAAGCGUAAGGAGACGCUGACGAUUCGUCAGACUCUGGACAACCUGAAGCUGGACCUGAGCAUCGACGACGAAGAGGACGACCUGCAGCCACAGCAACAAACAAACAGCAUCACCAAAGUCUAAAUCACACGCUCCAUUUAUAUAAAUAUUAUUUUUAAAAGCAUAAAACCGACUACAUCUUUACACUGACAUUGGCAGUAAACCGGACUCUAUCUCACUUUAGGCAAAAUUAUCUCAACUCCUGACAUGUUAAUUAACAUUAUAUUUUAUUCUUCCUGUAAUUUCCAUAUAAUUACAGAGACAACAUUGAGACUAAUAGCUGCAUUUUGUUAGUUGUGUUGACUCUGUAAGCACUUGUUGAUUUAAAGAAAAAUCUGCUCUAUUUCAACACAAUUACAUAUAAAUUCAUUAUGAAUUUAUCACUGAUAGCUUUAAGUUCUCCAUAUAUGUAGAAAUAUGCUUCCCUGUAGACAGUGUUUUUAAACUUACCUGCGAAGCACUGACUAAGGUUACACUUGCAAUUUAUUAGAUAUAAUUAAUUGGAAGGGAAGUCUGUGUCUAUAGUAUUUUUUCUAUGUACUCAAUUACAAAGUUUCUUCCUAGAAGUGUCCUGAGAAUUUAUUACAAAACUAAAGACUUUAAUUAUUUAUCGCCCUCUCCUGGUGACCGGAAAUACAAUCCAUUUUAUUUACAUUAAAGACAAAGGGAGAAGCUCCUGGUGGACUCACAGCCUCACUGUCACUGAAACACAUUGAUAAACCUUUCAACAAUGAGGUCAAGUGCUUCUUUUCAUAUGAUAUGACAUGACAUGUUUUCUCUGCUUGUUUUCCAAAGAGCAUCCAAUGUGCAUCAGCUUGGUGCAGAGAGAUGUUGACACAUAGUAAAAGGAAAAACCUACUGGUGACAGUAAUGAGAUGAGAUGGAUUUGAUUAAGGUGCCUUGAAGAUUGUGACCUGCUGUUGUAGUUGCCACUACAGAGAAACAGCUGGAGUCUGUCAGAAUCAACUUUAAACAGACAGAAGUACAUUUUGGAGUGUGAAUUUUUUUACAAGCCUAAAAUUCUGAAUGGACACUUUUAAUUGUGAGAAACUUCAGUUUGAUGAGGUUCAGAAUGGGACAUCAUUUUCACUGUGACCUCUCACUGACUCAGAGAAAGAAAUACUGGUUUCUCAUAAUGUCAAAACAAACUUCUUGGAUUCUGUAGCGUUUGCUUUUAUUUGGUGGAGCUUUGCUGACAGUUCUUUCGUAAAGAGGGAUUUUCCAUGUUAGAAAGUGUUUAGUUUAUUAUGUAUAACACAUUCUUCUGCAGUAUUUGAACAUAUCCCACGCUGGUUGUUGACAUAUUACAAGGUAAUGACACACUACAUGGAAUAACUGCAGAGGGAGGGGUUCUUUGGACGUGAUUGUAGCUGUUUUUGAUUCACUCACAAAAACAAUUAAGAUUAUUUAUAUUGAAUACUUUUUUUGUGCAUUUAUGUUGUUUUUAUGAUUUGGAGAUUAGUGAGUUUUCUGUAUUUGCAGUUGCUGGGCAGGGCAAAAAAUACUUUUGGAAAAUAAAAUUAUUUUAGAAUUCAGUUUCAGGUAUUUAAGGGGGUUUGCUGCUGUUUGAAUGUAAUAAGAUUUAAGGGAUAAGAUUUUUUGUGUCAACGAAGAAGACCAAGAAAAUCUCAUGUCACACUUUCUGUUAAUGUGCAUCUUGAGAUGAUUGUAUUUUAUCCAGACUAAAAUCCAGAGUUAGGAUGGGUUUACUUAAAUUUUUUUAAAUGUUUAAAAGCACAACAACUGACAUUUUAUGUCUAAAUGCUGUUUGUAUGCAAGAUGUCUGUUCAUGCAAAAUGUGGCUGAGGGGAAAAAACAACAACAUUUAUAUUGUGUUAGAAACACAGUUUAUAUGCUAUGUGGUUUUCUGUACCAUCUGUUCUCUAUGCUCUUAUUUUGGAGGAAUUGUUUUUUUCUUUUUAAAAAGGAAAAUAAGGGCACAGACGGAAAUAAACAGGACUGGGUCAUUCAUUUGAAAUCAUCAGUAGAAAAUGGGGCUCAUCACUGGUUUAAUUCUUAGAUCUUGAUCAUGGCCAGUCCUGUAAUAACAGUCUUCUGCAUGUUCUCUGAAUCUGAAUCUGUUGUAUCUGUUAGAAACACGUAAAGCUACUGUUCAGAUACUCUUUGGAUUUUUAUGUUUACACAUGUUGGUGUAUUUUGCUUUUUGGAAAGAGGAGCAUAAAUUACAAAAGUUUUAAAGUUUUCUUUAUGAAAGAGUUUCAUAUUUUAGCUGUUGGGAAUAUAAUUGCUUCAGUGUCACUAGUGUUUUCUCAAAAAAGAAAGUGGCGGUGCCUACAGAUAUGUAAAAAGAAAUGAAAUACACUUGACUUAUUUUUUUACUACACUUCACAUUCUACUGGUUCUACUGUGGGUAUUUAUUUUUGUUUUUCAUAUUCUCUCCUUUGGUGAGAAGUUUCUUAGUGCAAAAUGCAAAUAAACUCUUCUCCACUCUGAA